AUGCCUGGAGAAGAAGACGAUCAAACACACUUGUUUGCUGCAACUGACGACCAGCAAACUAGUGGAUUACUGUCCAUGACCUCAAGGACUCAGCAUAGAUUAACAAAGUCAGAGAUUGUCAAGGGGAUGGCAAAUAGAUUUAUGUAUUCCAAGUUUUAUAUUGGUUUAUAUCUCAUACUCGCUUUCUUGAGCUUUGUUUCUAUUAUUAUGUCAUUGACAGAAACAUGUCCCUCUCAUUUAUUUAUUAUCUUUGAAGCUAUAAUUAACCUUGCCAUGAUUGUAGAAGUAUCAACUAGGCUUUUAGCUUUAGGCAGAAAUUACUGGAAAUCAGUAUGGAAUGUAGUGGAUAUUAUCUUGGUGAUGUUAUGUGUAGUAACCCUUAUUGUGCUAACAACGGGGUGCUCCAUUGGAGAGAGAAAUGAAGCUAUAUUCGACACCAUCUUACUUGUUAUACGUAAUGGGUUUCAGUUGUUUAGACUGUUUAUGAUGCUCAGAAGAAACCAAUAUUCUAUCCGUGCAAGAUCUACGCGAAUUGAUUUCGAUGACAUUUUAGAUAGCGCAGAGGACCCUUCGAGUGAUUUCAAUAUCGAAGAUCGAGACAGAAAUUUACAAGAAAGCUUUCUGGAUGAUGAUGAUGAUUCAGACCUUGAGAGAAGCAGGCUGUAA